CCCCACCCCACACACCAGCUAAGCGCACACAGCAAGCGCCACAGAUCCACGCCAGGAAGGACUCCAUCGGCUUCUCCGCCUCACCUCUCCGCAGUAAGCAGAGCAGAGCAGAGCCCAGGCAGGCAGAGUAGGGGAUGAAGCGCGUAGUGGGGAGCCCGGGGACAUGGAGCGGCAUGGCGCUGCGGCUGUCGCAGUGCGUCUUCGCCGCCGCCUCCACCUUCUCCAUGGUCUCCGGCUUCGGCUACUCCAACUACAGCGCCUACUUCUACAUGAAUCUAGCGUUGAUCCUGCAGCUGAUGUGGAGUUUGGGCCUUGCUUGUAAGGAUAUCUUUGCUCUAAGGAAUAAAAAGGAUCUUCACACCCCGGAUAAUCUAUUGAUCAUUGUUAUGAUUGACUGGGUCGUGGCGAUUUUCAUGUUCUCAGCAGCCUGUGCCUCCGCGAGCCUGACAAUUUUCUUCAUGUGGGACACGCACUUAUGCGGGGAAUACUCACGGCUGGCCUGCCGGCAGUUCGGGCUUUCGGUUGUCCUGGCGUUCAUCACGUGGUUGCUGCAAGCUGCAUCCUCUUUCUCCGGAUUCUGGCUACUGGUUUCGUUCUUCUAGUGAUCUCACGUGCUCAUAAUCUCCGUCACGUCAGGCUAAUUGUCAGUCAGGACUCAGGAGGGUAAAUCGGUUGAAAUGUGCUCGGGACACUUGCUAGAUAUAUUUUAUUUUAUUUUUUUGCGGGGGCACUUGCUAGAUUUCAGUCGUGGGCACGCAUCCUUCAUCACUUGUUAGAUAGAUGGAUUGUUUGUUUAAUAGUAGCUCAUCUUUAUUCUAGGAGUUGGUUAUGAGCCCCUUGUGGUGGAACUACUGUUUAGAUGAUGUGGGAUGCUGGGAUCCUUAAUAUGAAGAGUAAUAUAUAUGGAGAUAAGUCGCCGUCGAAGGUACCUGAAAAA